UGCAGAGGAGAAGAUUCAGUCACUCAGUCACCUGGAGAUGUGAUCGCUACUGAGGGAGAACAGGUCACACUGGACUGUCAAUUUGAUACUCUAGAUACAAAUCCAGACCUGUUCUGGUACAAGCAGGGAGCUAAUGACUUCCCAAAGUAUAUGCUGAGGUGGGAGACUUUAGGAUCAGAUAAUGCCAUUGAAUUCCAGGGGAGAUUUGAUGACCAUCUUUAACUACAUUUAAACAGCAUUAAAAUCAGUCACCUUGAUGAUCCAGAAGGUGCAGCUGUAACGUAGAUGCAGGGAAUCACGUGUAGUUACUGAGUUUAAUAACGAACAUGGAAAGAUACAAAACAAGAUAAGCUUUUUUAUUUCUUUUUUUAUGUCCCCCCCACAUUCUGAAAUUGCACUUUUGUCCCCCCUGGUUUAAUCAUUGGAAUGUGAUACAAAACAAGGCAAUGGUGUGCUUUAGGACCAUGCGGAUGUCUCCGAGCGGUCAGGUAGGCCGUUUGGAGUGUUUAAACGACUGGAUUUAGGACCACGCAGACACCACAGAGCUGGCUGACAGGCUGUGUAAGACAACGCUUCUGGAAGUCUGGCUGGACCAGCACAGGAGAGUUGAGCAUAGUUCAGUGUACGCAUUGUGCUCUUUCACCGAGUUGUAAAAGGAAUAGAAACUGGCUACUCUUUAUUUGCGUGAUGUAGCUGGCAAGGUAACUGCUAUUGAACUUUUUUUUUAAAUAACUAAACUAGUGUUUAUUCACAGUGCUGAGCUAGUAUUGUAACUGAUAUGUAACGUUAGCUAAUGUUUCAUCCCCUCUCGACUGAGGUGAAUGAAUAACCACAGCCAGGUCAGCUCUAGCUUCUAGUUAUCUGGCAGAUAGAGAUAUGAGGUGGCUAUUAUUACUAUCUAACAGCAGUUGUUUGCAUGGACAUGUUUUGUAACCUUUUGUCACGUUUCAGAAGUAAAUUAACUUGGCAAGCUUUCACCAGUUGAUGUACUGUUAGAGCUGGCCAAAAGUUGGCUUAUAUUAGCUUUUAUAUUUACUUCAAUCAAACUAGACCUGAAUCAAACAAUGAACCCAUCGGCCAAACGAUUGAAGAUUGAUAUUCUGAUGUUUUUUCAGUGCAAUGUGGGUUGUAUUAGUCAGUAUGUCAAUAUAACGUUAUUGAUCUGUCAGUUUCCCUAGCUAAUUCCCUACUUUUCACACUGACACAGUAAUAAACAGCUCUAACAUUACAGGCUUCACUUUCAUGGUGCACAGUCAAGGUCUGCGCCUGACCGAUUUCUUCAUCCUGCCUACACCCACUGGCUUUCACUGGCUUUCUAUCCGACUCCCACCCGCAAGAACCCAUCCGCUACCUAGCAAUUUUGCGCCCUAUAGGCAAUAUCAAAUGCGCAAAAAUAACUGAAGAAAUAGGUUAAAUAACCAGGGAUUCUCACAUGGCCCAUAUAUUGUACUACUGGGCUUUAUCAGCCAAAAUGCUAGAUGUAGUUUGAAGAGAGCAGAGUUGGAGAGACUUGCACUUUCUCUUGAGCUAUUUUUAUAGCCUACCUUUUAGGAGUGGGAAGAUUUUCAGAUGGAGAAAUAUGGGUGAUCAAUAUUUAGGCCUACAGUGGCAUGCGAAAGUAUUCAUCCCCUUUGGUAUUUUUCCUAUUUUGUUGCCUUACAACCUGGAAUUAAAAUAGAUUUUUUGGGGGUUUGAAUCAUUUGAUUUACACAACAUCCCUACCACUUUGGAGAUGCAAAAUAUUUUUUAUUGCGAAACAAACAAGAAAUAAGACAGAAAAAUUGAAAACUUGAGCGUGCAUAACUAUUCACCCCCCCCCAAAGUCACUAUUUUGUAGAGCCACCUUUUGCAGCAAUUACAGCUGCAAGUCUCUUGGGGUAUGUCUCUAUAAGCUUGGCACAUCUAGCCAAUGGGAUUUUUGCCCAUUCUUCAAGGCAAAACUGCUCCAGCUCCUUCAUGUUGGAUGGGUUCCGCUGGUGUACAGCAAUCUUUAAGUCAUACCACAGAUUCUCAAUUGGAUUGAGGUCUGGGCUUUGACUAGGCCAUCCAAGACAUUUAAAUGUUUCCCCUUAAACCACUCGAGUGUUGCUUUAGCAGUAUGCUUAGGGUCAUUGUCCUGCUGGAAGGUGAACCUCCAUCCCAGUCUCAAAUCUCUGGAAGACUGAAACAGGUUUCCCUCAAGAAUUCCCCUGUAUUUAGCGCCAUCCAUGAUUCCUUCAAUUUUGACCAGUUUCCCAGUCCCUGCCGAUGAAAAACAUCCCCACAGCAUGAUGCUGCCACCACCAUGCUUCGCUGUGGGGAUGGUGUUCUCGGGGUGAUGAGAGGUGUUGGGUUUGCGCCAGACCGAGCGUUUUCCUUGAUUGGCAAAAAGCUCAAUUCUAGUCUCAUCUGACCAGAGUACCUUCUUCCAUAUGUUUGGGGAGUCUCCCACAUGGCUUUUGGCGAACACCAAAUGUGUUUGCUUCUUUUUUUCUUUAAGCAAUGGCUUUUUUCUGGCCACUCUUCCGUAAAGCCCAGCUCUGUGGAGUGUACGGCUUAAAGUGGUCCUAUGGACAGAUACUCCAAUCUCCGCUGUGGAGCUUCUUUUUUUUUUUUUACCUUUAUUUAACUAGGCAAGUCAGUUAAGAACAAAUAAUUUUUUACAAUGGCGGCCUACACCGGCCAAACCCGGACAACGCUGGGCUUUGCAGCUCCUUCAGGGUUAUUUUUGGUCUCUUUGUUGCCUCUCUGAUUACUGCCCUCCUUGCCUGGUCCGUGAGUUUUGGUGAGCGGCCCUCUCUUGGCAGGUUUGUUGUGGUGCCAUAUUCUUUCCAUUUUUUAUUAAUGGAUUUAAUGGUGCUCCGUGGGAUGUUCAAAGUUUCUGAUAUUUUUUUAUAACCCAACCCUGAUCUGUACUUCUCCACAACUUUGUCCCUGACCUGUUUGGAGAGCGCCUUGGUCUUCAUGAUGCCGCUUGCUUGGUGGUGCCCCUCGCUUAGUGGUGUUGCAGACUCUGGGGCCUUUCAGAACAGGUGUAUAUAUACUGAGAUCAUGUGACAGAUCAUAUGACACUUAGAUAGCAUACAGGUGAACUUUAUUAACUAAUUAUGCGACUUCUGAUGGUAAUUGGUAGCACCAGAUCUUAUUUAGGGGCUUCAUAGCAAAGGGGGUCAAUACAUAUGCACGCACCACUUUUACGUUAUUUAUUUCUUAGAAUUUUUUUGGGAAACCAUUUUUUUUUCAUUUCACUUCACCAAUUUGGACUAUUUUGUGUAUGUCCAUUACAUGAAAUCAAAAUAAAUAUCCAUUUAAAUUACAGGUUGUAAUGCAACGAAAUAGGAAAAAUGCCAAGGGGGAUGAAUACUUUUGCAAGGCACUGUAUUUCUAGGCAAUGUAGUAAACUAUAGCCUAAUCAUAGGCAUAUUUAGGAAAUACAUUUCCUUGGAAUGAUAACUGCCCUGUGCUUCUCCACCCAUGUAUACAUAGGCUAUAGCCUACUCUAUUUAAUUGAGACCAGACGUGCACCUGAUCUCGCAGAUAUGGCUACUGAACUUUUAGGAGGACGAAUUGCAGGCAGAGACAAAUAAAUGGGUAAUCCAUACUUGUUGAAAAUUAAAAGGCGCAACGUUCACUCACCAUAGUAGCCUAACCUAUGUGUGCGUUGUGCCUUUUCCUUUUCAAUGAUGAUGACAUUUUUUUAUUAAACUUCGACUCACAUUGGUUGAGCGCCCUCCACUUCUUUUCAUGAUCAAUAUUUAUUUACAGACACUGUAGUAAACUACUGUCUAAUCAUAUUUAAGUUAAUUUCAUAUUCAAGUUAACUGCCACGUGAUUCUCUGCCCAUGUAAGCAGCCUACUCUAUUUCAAUGAGACCACACAUACUAGGCCACUUGAACUCUCACGCCCAACUAGGAGAAUUAGGCUACUGAAGUUGAAGCAGCGAAUUCUGUGUGUGUGAAUAAUGCGAAACGUAUGUGCUUUUAAUACAAUAGGUAGGCUAACGCAUACAAAGCAGAAAGAGGACCGUUUCAAAAUAAUCUGUGGGACAACAAAAAUAUUUCCAUCCCAAAGCUGUCUGUCUGACCAUCCGCUCCCGCCUGCAGCAUGAAAAAUGAUGACCACACCGCAAUGAUCUCUGUCGGGACCCGCAGCCCUCUAGUGCAGUCAGUACACAACAAUAUGCUCAUCAUGUUUUAGCAGGGUCAGACAGCCAGGGAAGACCAGUCUACGGAGCUAAAUUUUGCAGUAUAUUCAGUGAAUGAUACAAAGUUCCAACCUGAAUUGAUGGGUAGACCUACAGUAGCUACAGGUCAGCAGCUUCAGCUUAAAGCUACAGUCUGGGAUCUGGGAAUAAUGGGUCAAUUAUUGACCCAUUGAUUCUUCUUGGAUAAUAUAAUAUAAUGUAUAAAUCUACACCAAGAUAAUUAUUUGUCAUGCCUCAUUUUAGGAGGAUCAGCAGGGUCAGACAGCCAGGGAAGACCAGUUUGUUACAGAGGUGAGGUGAACACUUUAUUCUCUCUGUCCAGCAUACACUGGACAAGCCAGAUGCUAUUUUAACAACAGGUAUGACAAACCUCCAAAGUUGAUUUCCAAACUGUAUCAAGGGUUGAUAGAGGCUUUUCACGAUGACACAAAACAUGUAAAACAAAAAUGUGAGGAAGACCUGGGAGAUGCUAUUGAUGAUGAUGUAUGGAUACAGAUAUGUUAGAAUGCCCAGUGAUGUUCAUAUCAUCUCAGACAUAUAUUACUGCAGUUUAUGACCAUCCAUAGAACGUACUAAUUUAUAUGUGACCCGUUUAAGGAAACUGGGCGUAUGUUGCGGGUCACUACGUCACAGGAGAGCCAUUUGAACGUAAACUUUUAUUUAUUUUAUAAAAAUGCAUUUUCUGCCAGAAAUACCUUUUCGAACAUGUGAACUUUCAUGUGCCUUAAUAACAAACGUGUAUGCCAUCUGUAAAUACAAAUAAAAUUGUUAAAUUAUGAGCCUAGUUGGUUUAGCCAGAGAAAAAGACAGCAACCUUCCCGCUAGCCAUGAUUCGCUAAAAUAAUGAGUGGGCUGGACAUGCCAAGAGAUGAGUUUGGAUUGAUCUGCCAGAUAUAGCACGCUUCUGUCUAGGUAAUCCUGCACUCACGUCUUCCUGCUAGGCAGGUACGAUCCACACGGGAGCGCUGUGUUUUGGACAGAUUCGAAAAGAUGGCGGAGGCGGACGAUGAAGUGGAUUGUGAAUCUAAUGGCGGUAGAAUCAAGGAGGAUUGGAGUAUUGUUCAAAAUAAUGGAAAAAAGGGCAAAGUAGGGUACAGUGCGGAGAAUGUCCCUUUAUAUCUUGUAGGAGUAAGGUUUGUUAAUGAGGAGCAGCUUUUCGAAAUACUAAUCUUGAAGAAUCCAUUUGAGCUAUCCAAACUGGUGGAGAGACUGAUGGGUAAAGUAAAGGAUGUGAAGAUCAAGAGAGGCGGGUUUGUUUAGUAUCAUGUAGUAAAACUGCAUAAACCUAUUGUCAAGUUAAAAUGUACUGUUAGCUAGCUAACGUUAGCUGGCUGGCUCGGUAGCUAACGUUAUGUGUAUGCUCUCCAAUUCCUGGAGGACUCAGUGGAAUUCAAGUAUGAUAGCUAAGGUGAUGGGGAAAACACCUGUCCAGACUACAUCUUCAAACUAAGCGCAACCAUGGCAUCCGACAGGAGACGCGUCCAACCAUGAUGUAAGAUAGUCUAGCUAGCUACAUUUUCAGAUAUUACACAUUUCAAAUUUUGUCAAAAAGAGGUUUCAUUUAAAGUUAAAGUGUAGUGUUAGCUGGCUGGCUCGCUAGCUAGCUAAAGUUAUGUGUAUGAUCUUAUUCUUCGAAUCUCAGACUCAUUUGCUUGACUAGUUAUAGCCUAAUGUUAGCAAGCUAACAUUGAACCUGGUUGGUUAGCUACCUGCAGAUUCAUGCAGGGUAGUAAUGUCAUGAGUUGUGAUUAUGGUUCAUUGUUUAGCUAGCUAGCUACAUGUCUUAACAAAAGACUCCACUAUGCAAGUAUCUAUUUCAAUAGAAUGUCACUGCAACUGUUGAUAGACGUACUAGCUAGUAAAUUAGCUCUGGCUAUCUACUCCGAUUUCAGACCACGGGUAAGAUAGUCUAGCUAGCUACAUUUUCAGAUAUUACACGUUUCUAAUUUUGACAUAAAGUCUUUUCAUUUUAAGUUAAAAUGUACUGUUACCUAGGUAGCUAACAUUAGCUGUCUGGCUCGCUAACUAAUGUUACAUCAUGCGUUGGGAUUCAUUGUUUACCUAGCUAGCUAUCUAGCUACAUGUCUUAACGAAUUUACGAACGCUCAACCCCCGUUGAAUAUGGCCAGUGUCAGUAAACAUCAGCAAAAAAGCGUAAUUAAAUUUUUGUCAGCAGCACAGUGAGUUACAGUCACCAAUGCUCUGGAUAACAUGAAAACAGCCUACCAGCUCUGCUAGGGCGAGUAAAAUGGUCAGAGUGUGGUGUUCUCUCAAUAUGUGUCUGGAAGUAGCUUGCCAAUGUUAGCCAAUUAGCUUAGGUGCUUGACUGUCGUUGUGAGGUCAGAACGUUCGGAUCAACCCUACUCAUUGGCCAGAGCAUCCAGUGUGUGCUCUGAACGCGAAAUGCUCUGAAUUUACGAACAGAAAAUCUGACAGCACAGUUGCAGUCACCAACGCUCUGGAUAACAUAACAGCCUAACCAGCUCUGCUAGGGCGAGUAAUGUUCAGUGAGCUGUUCUCUCUCACUUAGAUGUCUGGAAGUAGCUAGCAAGUUAGUACAGAACGUUCGGAUCAACCCUUAAAGAGAUGAGUGGGGCUAAAAUUUAAGAGGGUGUGAACGAUGCUGAAUGGGUGUAGACAAAGAAGGGCUCUCCAAUAGUAGUAACAAAACAUUCAAAGGCCAUUUUCUCAAAAGUGAGUUUACAAGUUUAUCAACUUUCAAAGAAAAAUUACUUUCACAUUGUUCCUCAACUGUAGUGUAUGAUAUACAGUUUUGAGCUCUGAGUCUCUACUUUUAUCCAAUGUAAAAAACACAAUUUCAAAUGCUGCUACAUAAGACCGAUUUGAGCCAGUAAGUUACAUAUGCCAGUGAAACUGAAUAUCAUGCACUCAGAAAUUGUAUUAUUCUGCUGGAGGUGUAAAGCACAAAAGGGGACAUAUUUGCAAAUGUUGUGGUCUUGUGAAGGCUGGCAAAAUCUCAGCAUGUCUACAGAUUCUCCCUUCUCCCUGUUUUUGUUUGCUUGGAAAUGUUGAUACAGAAGGUUGUUAUCAGAAGAAACUUUGUAACCUAGCAUUUAUAGUGGCUAAUAAAUGCAUUGCGAUUAACUGGAAGGUUGGUUAUCCUCCCACAAUGUAUGGAAGAAAUGUAAAGUUAUGUACAGUAUCACUAGAUUUGUUUUAAGAUUGAGGGUAUACUGUGCAACUUUCAUAAGGUCUGACUGGGUGCCUUAUAUGGAAUACUGUACGAUAAAUGGAGUCUGUAUUGAAAACAUGCCCACGUCAGGGGAGAUUUAGGAAAUCCCUAGCUGCUGGGCUGCUCAGUAUUGGCCCUGGGGAUCUGCUGUACUGUUGUCAUUCUGACCUUGGCCUAACACACCUGAAACCAAUAAUGAAUGUUUCACUAAGAUCCUGAAGGUGAGUGGGGUAUGUAGGGCUGGGGUACUACAGGGCCGUGGACCCCUAGGGGCAAGACGGGGUGACCCAGCUAUAUUGUGUGCAAGUAGAAAGAGCUCUACAGUACUAUUAGGCCUAUGAUAUGAAUUAUAUGGAGGGUGUACGGUUUCUGUGUGUUAAUGUGUAGGUGUAUGUGUGUUUUCAUUCAACUUUUGUUUUCCAAAUGGGAAGGAAGUUGUGUUGGGGAGUGAGAUGAGUUAUUGACUAGACUGGUGGGGGUCGGGUGUGUAGGCGGCUCGGUUUUGCUGGGCGGUCUGGCUGAAAUGUGUUAUAGAGGAUGUCUUAAAGACAAUUAAAAUCUGUCUUUGUACUUUAUUUGGAGGAGUUGUUCAUUUGUUAGGCUAUUGGUUAAAGGUGUGUAGUAUCUGAAAGUCUAUGAUUUUGCUGACAUUUGCAAAUGGUGUAAUAGAUGAACUUUACUCUGCUUUGCUGAAACAUCUGGAAAGCAUUACUACAUAGGCUUCUUGGAAUAGAGGACAUUUGGAGAUAUGGGGAGGCCAGGGAUUGGUCUAUCAAAAAACCACCCAUCUUAUGUUACAUAGGAUAUAAAUACCAUGUUUUAAACAAAGGACGGGGAGGAAAAACAUAUUAGAGAUUGGGUCAGUUGUUCUCCGGACUUCUGCAGGAGUCUGUAAAUUGAUACUGUGAUCUUUGAUGUAAUAAACCAUUAUAAUCAAGGACAGUGUCAGCGGAUUUCUUGUCAUCACAGCAUAAUCAGCAUUGUUGUCUCGGAAACCACUGGUGCAACACAAUAUUGAUUAUUGAAUUAUCUUUUAUCUAGUUCAGUCUUAUCAAUCACUUAAACAUAUUUAAUAAUCUCUUAUCUAGAUGAUGACUGGGCAUUUCUGCUUACUUUAUGUUGUUCUUAAUAGAGAUGGCUAGAAGGGCAAUGGGUCAUAUUAGAUUGUGUAGAAAUGCAGGAAAUGUGCUUUAGAUGCCCCAAACAAUGGCAGGGCCACCAGACCCCCUGCCAACUUAUGUCCCCCUCUGCAAAUAGCACUGCUAGGUGAUUUAAAAAGUAAUAGUCAAUCGAUCAAUAAUAUAAUAAUACUCUUAGCAAAAAUGUUUAUUUUUAAUUUACUAUAUAUAAUCUAUGAGAAUAGAAAGGUUCAGAACUUUUGUGAAACAUCACAGCACAGUUGAAAAAUAUACGGCAAAUAGAAAUCGAAACUGGAUAGUGUUCAGAGAUAGAUGGGAGGGGUUGAGUGGAGCUGAAGGAUGGGACUAAAAACCAACAAAAGAUAACUAUUGUACAAUGUACUGUGUCCGUAAAAUGUAUAUAGUAUGUAUAAGCGUGAAGUAGAAGCCUAAGUCUUGUUGUCCAUUAGUUUACUCCAAUUAGGGGAGGGAUGGUAGGGUUAGGGGAUAAUAAUAAAGGAACAUAUAUUUGUAAGAAAAUAUAUGGGGGAUUGGAAAUUAUGCACACAAUUACAUUGACGGAAGCCACAAUCUAUCUGCAACAUUAAAGCUGAUCUACCUCCUAAAAAAAUACAAAAAUACAAAUGUAUUUGUGUCCCCCCCACUUCUAAAACCAAAGUUGCGCCCCUGGUAUCCUAUGAUAAGUAUGGGACAUUGGCUGCGGACCUCUGUUGUUCUUGCUACACUUCUCUUUGGUAGGAUACGGCUCUCAUUAUCUUUUUCUCAAUACUCUGAUGUUACUGGAAUCCUGACAUUUUUCACAAAGGUAUUUGUGGUAACUUUACAAGGAUUGUCCACAUGUGUUACAAUGUUCAUUGCCUUUACUUGCAAACUACAAAAUAAAGGGUUACAGCCAUGUACAAAUGGUAGAAAUCAGGAGAGUAAUAUACCCAACUCAACAUGAGGUAGUGUCCCGUUAAUACUGUGCCAACUCUGGGUGAUAACAUCACAGGAGGGUAAAGGUCACGGUCAACACCAAUGUCUAUAAAAACCAUAAUUCCAUGAAUAGCAAUAAUACUAUACUGCAGUUAAGUAUACCACCUAUACAGUAGGAAUUAUUUAUAUGGUGUCCACAAUAUAACAGUAUUCUUCUUUGUUUCCAGAGUCAGAGGAGCAGACAGUGUUACUUAGUCAAAGAGAAAAGAGACUGAUUAUGAAGGGGAAGAUGUGUCUCUCAACUAUGACUAUAGCACCAGUUUAUCAUCUCCAUCUCCACAAAUGAUUACCAUGAAUAUGUAUUGCUGAAGGAUGUCAUUGGACCAGGAGAUUUUGAUGAAAGAUUCAAGGGGAGAUUUGAUGCCCAUCUCAGUUCCAUUACCAAAUCAGUCCUAUUGACGAUCCAGAGGGUACAGCUGUCUGACUCUGCUGUGUACUACUGUGCUCUGAGGCCCACUGUGACAACAGGAUAUACAGCCCGCCUACAAAAAUGAGUGUAGCCUUGGCACUAGUGUAUAAAAAAUGCAAGCCUUACUUCUGUGGUGGGUGUGAUGUUAGCAGGGCUGUAGACCUCACACAGUGACACACAAAAUAACAUUUCAGAGGAGAGUGAAUGCAUGCAAACAUCAGCCUAAAGAUGGAGAAAUCAAUCAGUUUAUUGAUCAUUCUGAUUAUGACUACAAGUAAACAAUACCUAAACAUCUGAACUCCUUUCAUUCUUAUAAUCAGAUUAUUCAAUUAUGGUAUUGGUAGUAAAACAUAUUUUGAUGAAGUAAAGUCAUUUAAAUUUGAAUAACUAAGUUGAUAUCUAAAAAGUCUUAAAAAAUAAGCAUGAGUUUCCAAUCAGCUUUAUUAUCUAUUUUUCCUCUGCAGGAAUGGUAUCUGGAGAUAGUU